CCUACUUUGAGUGAGACUUCAGAUUCCGCAAGUUGAAUAAUCAUGAAUCAAAAACCGGUUUGGGAGGAUCGUGAAAUCAAGUUCGAUAUUACCAACAUCUGUAAGACCAUCCGCAGUGGGGAGCAACCACUCGAAAUUCUGGAUUCCAUAGAGGACACCAAAGGCAACCUGGGUGAUCGCGGUCGACUUCUGGUAACCAACCUCCGGGUCAUCUGGUACUCGGUCACCUCCAACCGGUUUAGCCUAUCGAUUGGCUUCACCUGCGUUCUCACGAUGAACACUAAAACGGUGGUUUCCAAGGUACGAGGAACUACCCAGGCGCUGCAUAUCCUGAGCGUCGGCAAUAAUUCGCGGUUUGAGUUCAUCUUCACCAAUCUCACCGUGAACAAUACGAAGCAUUUCUCGUCGAUCUUCGAUAUCUAUCGACUCUAUCAAGCCUCCUUUCUGUACCGAGAGCUCAAGCUGCGUUCGGCAAUCGUCAACGGUGGCCAGUUGAAUGUGCUAGCUCAGGAACAGGUCUUCAACACCGUCAAUGGAGUGUGGAACCUGUCCAGCGAUCAGGGAAACCUGGGUAUCUUUAUUCUGACGAUCGUCCGGCUGGUCUGGUUUGCCGAAAUGAAUAAUAGCUUUAAUAUAUCGCUCCCUUACAUGCAAAUUUCCGACAUUCGCAUUCGAGAGUCAAAGUAUGGUCCCGCGCUGGUCAUCCAAACGUUGGAUACGGCCGGAUCGUAUGUGCUCGGAUUCCGCAUUGAUCCACAGGACAAACUGACGGACGUAUACAAGGAGUUGUUGUCGCUGCAUACUGUGUACACCGAGACACCCCUCUUUGGAGUGUUUUAUGAACAGAAACCGGAAGUAGCUCGGUCUCCGUCGGAGUCUAUCGACGACAUCGAAGAAUUGGACAAGACGACAGGUGCUGAAAUCAAUGGUAAAUUUACGGCAUACCUAGCCGAAUCGGAUCCCGGUGGCCGACGGAGGAAGCCGUUCUACUGCAAGGAGCUGGGCUUCGCCAUGGAAUCCAUCAAAGACGGGUACACCUUGAAAGAUCUGUGGGAGGUGGUACCGAGCUCGUCGUCGUCGGCUUAGGUGAGGAGGUGGU